GCAGGAUGCGCGCGCAGCGUGAACUGCACGGGGCUCAGCGACAGCGAUCUUCAGACUGCUCGCUCUUUGGCCUUUCGGGCCACCGAGGCUCGAGUUGACGGGGGGAGUCGUGCGCUCAGCCUCAUGCUGUCGCCUGUGCGCGAGCUUGACCCCAUCUUUCGAGCCACAAUCGAUCCCGUUUGUAUGAUGCACCGUGCUGUAUGGGACUCGUGGCUGCCGGUGUCCAUCCUGACCUCGGUGAUGCGCUGGACCUCGGCGCACGUCACGACCUGGGCUCAAGUUCGAGAGCCCAUCAGCGCCGCCUUCCUGUCCCGCUUGCGCGUCGGGCGGGCCACGGCCAGCAUCGCGACGUGGACGAACUCGGCGAAUGGGGCAGUUUACAAGCCAGUGGAUUUCUCGCCAUGGUAUACCAAGCAGGUGGUGAGGAAAGCUGCGUUGCGGCGGCAGUUCCAGAAGGUCGCGGACGAGAUGCCGCACUUAGUGCUAAAGCGGCAGGCCGACCACCCCAACAUCAUCACGCUCGUCGAGAGGUUGCUGGUGGUCAGGCCCAAGGUGCCAUGGCAAGCGCCUCAAAAUGAAUUGAUGUCAGCUGUGCGAUGGCUUCUCGGCAAUGGAGAAGUGCCCUUUCAUAGCGUCGAGCACUUCACGGACGGCUCGGCAUUCGACCUCGACGCCGACUUCGGCAUGGCAGGCUGUGCAGUGGUGCAGUUUCCCCUCGGGCCUGGUUGGUUUGAUCCAAGCCCGAAGUGUGCGCUGAGGGCGCUGGGGUCCCCGCUGAUGGGGUUGCACCAGUCCAUUGAUGGCGCGGAUCUGCUGGCCAUUCUGAUUCUGGUGCGUCACAGUCUGGCGCCGAUCACCGUGAGAGUGGACGCCAGCUAC